GUGUUCCUGGAAAUUACAAAAGAAAAUAAAUAUAUUGAUAUAUUGCGACGAAUAGACGAAUUUCUAGAUUUUAAGAAAUAAUAGAUGUGGUAACUGUAUUAAUCUGUAUUGUGCUAUUUACUAAAAAAAAAAUAACACAUUUUUACUUUUGUUGUGUAAAAUGUUAAAUUGAACAGAGUGCGUAUGACGACGUUUAGGUUCUUCACUUAUGUGGGCAGAUUGAUAUUGUGCGGCAAAAGUUGAGUGAAAUCAGGCGGAAGGACAUCGAACGAGAUAUGAACCGGAAUAUCGUAAAAAUGUUGAUUGUUCGGCAUCAAAAUAUUAUCUCUUUUUCCAAGAAUAUUGAGGCUCUCUUCUCAAAUAUCGCGCUAUUACAAUUUGUGUCGAAUACUCUAGUUAUCUGUUGUCUAGGAUUUGUCAUCGUAAUCCUUGCACCGCUGUCGUCGGACUGCCCGAUCCUUCUUACAAGAACCUAUAGCGCCAACUGUGAUCUUUACACUGGUCUUCCCAUCGCAACAAACUCCUGCGAUACGUCUUCAUCUUCCUCCCUCGCAAUCCCCUACGUUACACUCCCCUAGCAGCAAAACUUUCCAACCUGGCGAGCAAUUCAUGGAAACUGCUUCUGGAACUUCUCCUUCUCUUGCCUGUUGCAUAUUUAAAAAGGGCCUACAGUUGCAUCAUGAUCGAAACUUUGAAAGGAAAGGGAAAUCCCCUAUAAAUGAUAUUUAUUAUCUAAAAUUACAGUUCCAAUUUUUUUCUUCUGUUAUUUUCUAUAAUAUAGUAGAAAUAUAUAUUUAAUAAGUAGCGAUUGGUCUCAAUGGUGGGUGACAUGGAUUGAAAGUUCAAAUCUACCACGAGUAAGUUUUAGUCUUAAUAAAAUCAACCACGCAAUUGUAAAAUAUUUCUGAUCC